CACUCCCGCUUCGGUUUGAUUUUCUUCUCUAAAUAUUUAUUAAAUUAUUAUUACUAUUAUUCUUAGCUUUAUGGGGUGUACGGCGUCGAAAUUGGACAACGAGGACACUGUGAGGCGGUGCAAGGAGCGGCGCCGCCUCAUGAAAGACGCCGUCUACGCUCGCCACCACUUGGCCGCUGCCCACGCCGACUACUGCCGUUCCCUCCGCCUUACCGGCUCUGCCCUCGUCUCCUUCGCCGCCUUCGAGCCUCUCUCUAUCUCCCACCAAACCCCUGCCGUCUUCCUCCACCAAGUCCCCCCUCCCACCACCAACCACAUCCCUCCACGUGCCCCCUCCCCCGCUCCCUCCUCCCUCCACCCGCCACCACCUCCUCCGCCUCUCUCUCCCACCAUCAACAGCUCCAACCUCCCCCACAUCCUUUCCUCCUCCUCCGCCCACUCCUCUCGCCAACAUCGCCGCCGCCGCCAGCCGCCGCCGAAGCUUCCUCACAUACUGUCGGAAUCGAGUCUUCCUUCUUCCCCUGGAAGUCAGAAGUCGAAUUUCAGCAACCCUUUUGGGUUUCCGUCGGCUUUCCAGGCGGAGUCGAACUACUCGAGGACGCCGUCGCAGGCCUCCUCCAUGUGGAACUGGGAAAAUUUCUACCCUCCAUCGCCGCCGGACUCUGAGUUCUUCGAGCAACGCCAAAAAAGCCAAACGCAAUCCCGCCAGCACCAAAAAUCGCCCCACCACCUCGACCCGGAACAUUCCGACGAGAACGAUUCAGAGACGGAGGCGAUAGAGGCGGAGCCGCUCGAGACCGAAACCGAAAGAUCGGAGUACGAUUUCUUCCUCAACCAUCGAAACCCAAAAGCCCAGAAUGCCCAUCAUCAAAAUAGGCACGAGUACGCUCAGUCGGAGAAGUACGCGCCGUCGCAGAAGUACGCCCAUUCCGAGAAAUACGCUCAGUCGGAGAAGUACGCGCCCUCGCAGAAGUACGCCCAUUCCGAGAAAUACGCUCAAUCGGAGAGGGAGGAGGUGCAGUGCAGUGAGUGGGACGACCACGACCACGACCACUACAGCACGACGAGCUCCUCUGACGAAGGGGACGACGAGAGGGAGUCGAGAUCCGAGAUGGGUACCCGGUCGACUUUCGAGCCGGAAUCGGUUCGGGCCGAGUCGGUGGCCGGUUCGGGCCGGGUUCCGGUGGCUCAGGCGAUGCCGCGGUAUGCACCAAGCACGAGCAAGUCGGAGAGGUCGGAGGGGUCGGAGGGCGGGAGCACUUACCGGAGCAGUGAGAUCUCCAAUAUGAAGAUGGUGGUGAGGCACAAGGAUUUGAAGGAGAUUGUGGAGGCGAUUAAGGAGAAUUUCGACAGGGCCGCAACCGCCGGCGACCAAGUUUCCGAGAUGCUCGAGACCAGCCGGGCCCAGCUCGACCGGAGCUUCCGGCAGCUAAAGAAGACAGUGUACCACUCCAGUAGUGUGCUGAGCAGUUUGAGCUCUACUUGGAGUUCAAAACCGCCGCUGGCGGUCAAGUACCGCCUGGAUGCUGGCUCGCUCAACAGCGAGCCCGGCGGUUCAAAGAGCCUCUGCUCCACCUUCGAACGGCUCUUGGCCUGGGAGAAGAAGCUCUAUGAGGAAGUCAAGGCCAGAGAAGGAGUCAAGAUUGAGCACGAGAAGAAGCUGUCCGCACUGCAACAUCAAGAGUACAAGGGGGAGGACGAAACCAAAGUAGACAAGACCAAGGCGUCGAUAAAGAGGCUGCAAUCACUAAUCAUUGUCACAUCUCAGGCCGUCUCUACCACCUCCACCGCCAUCAUUGAUCUUAGAGACUCCGAUCUCGUGCCUCAACUUGUUGAACUGUGCCACGGGUUCAUGUACAUGUGGAGAUCAAUGCACCAGUACCAUGAAGUCCAGAACGACAUUGUACAACAGGUCAGGGGACUUGUGAACCGAUCAGCGAAGGGUGACUCAACUUCGGAACUACAUCGGCAGGCAACACGUGACCUUGAAUCAGCUGUCUCUGCCUGGCACUCCAGUUUCUGCCGUUUAAUAAAGUUCAAACGGGACUUUAUCCGGUCUGUUCAUGGUUGGUUCAAGCUCACCCUUCUUCCUGUAAACAACGACAUGACUUUCAAUGUGCACAAUGAAUCUUCUGAUGUAUAUUCCUUCUGUGAUGAGUGGAAGCUUGCACUUGAGCGCGUCCCUGACACAGUAGCUUCUGAGGCUAUCAAUAGCUUUAUCAAUGUUGUCCACGUAAUCUCUGUGAAACAGAGUGAAGAGCUCAAGAUCAAAAAACGCACUGAAACUGCGUCAAAGGAGCUUGAGAAAAAGGCUUCUUCUCUCCGAAACAUUGAAAAGAAAUUCUACCACUCCUACUCCAUGGUUGGUAUUGGGCUUCCUGACUCGGGGCCUGAAAAUGGGCAGGUUUUGGAUGCGCGAGAUCCUCUUGCUGAGAAGAAAUCUGAACUUACAACCUGCCAGAGGCGGGUUGAAGAUGAGAUGAUGAGGCAUACAAAGGCGGUGGAGGUGACAAGAGCCAUGACUCUAAACAAUCUUCAAACAGGCUUGCCAGGAGUAUUUCAGGCACUGACCAGCUUUGCUGGCCUAUUUACGGAGGCACUUGAGUCGGUUUGUACACGUUCCUACGCCAUCAAAUAGACGGAAAACGUAGUUUCGGUGCCCGUGGUUUUGCGGUAAUUAAUUCGGAGUUUAUCAGAGCUGGGAAUUUUUUGUCAGGGUGCUCAUAUUGUUGGUAGUAUUCUUUUGGGGGGUUUACAACAUGUAAAUAUGUGGAAUUUUGUGGUUUGCAAAUCCUUUUGUUUUGGAGGAAGGAAAAGUAUCUAUGUACAGGGAAGUGCUUAAGAUUGUUGUUAACCUUUCUAUUCGAGCUGAGCUGAGCUUCUUUGCAGUUUUCGGCAUACAAAUAAA